AUGCUUCUCCUCCUCCUCCUCUUCUCUCUCUUCGCCGGAAUUCCCCCGGCGCUGAGCGACCUGCGAGAGUACGCCGAUUGCCGGCAUCCUCUCCGUCUGCUCUGCGGCGUGUGGAAAUUCAACAUCAGCUACCCCUUCACGGCGGCGGGGCGGCCGGAAUACUGCGGCUUCGGGGAAAAGUACAGGGUGAGAUGUGUAGAUGACGCUCUGGUAGUCGAGAUCAGCGGGAAGAACUACCUCGUCAGCGAGAUCAACUACGAAACCAACGUCCUCAGCGUGGUGCCGAAAGAUAGUUGCCCCUUACUUGAGCUCGUCUCCCUGGACCUGGGCUCUCUUUUCGAGUACGCUUCCAGCAAUCUCAACGUUACGCUCUACAACUGUUCGAUAACAGAACGUCUCCAGCAGCAAAUGUUCGCUUGCCUUCCCUUCGCGGAGAGCGAGUUCUACCUCGUGCUAGAUGACCCUCUGGCGGAGAGUCCUGCCAAGGAUCCGUCGUGCAACUCGAUGGGCAGCGUACCAGUACGAAGGGGGCCCGUUGAAGUGCCGAACUUGGACCCUUUUUUGUGGUUCGACGUGAGGUGGAAGGCGGGGGAGAGCUGGUGCAGGGACUGCGUCGACUCUGGGGGAGUCUGCGGGUACAAUUCCUCCCAGCCCGAUGCGCAGUUCUGCUACUGUAAGGAAUCCUCAUCCUUGGGCAGAUGCACAGAGACUAAAGAUAAAGGUACGCCCCCUCUGAGACUUCUAUCUCCACCACCGUCGUCGUCGUCGUCGUCUUCCUCCUCCGCCUCCUCCUCCUCCUGCUCUUCGAGCCGUUUCGCUUCCUCCCUCUCUUUUAGUGGACGUCGUUUAGGCCUCUCGGGUGCUUGCCCAUCGGCGGAAAGUCCACCUUGUGCGAGCUUCUGGCUGACUCCGGCGUUGAAUCUGGUGGGCUUCUGCUUCCCCUUCUGUCCUCGAGUUUUAGGUAUUCCGUCAAUCAUUUGGAUGCCCCGGGGGGCCUUAUGUCUCCUCUCUCUCUCUCUAUCAGCCCGUGUUAGCUAGCAGUCCAUGUUGGAUCAGACAUGUUCGGAAGCCUCUAUCCACACCACAACCUCUCUCUUUCGAUCACUCACUCUUCUUCUUCUGA